AUGUCUUCCAUCGCAGUCAUCACCGGCGGAGCAGGCGGCAUCGGGCGCGCCAUCGCCGCCAAACUCGCCGAAUCACACUCGCACGUCGUGCUGGUAGACAUCGACGAGGUUCGCACCAAGACCGCAGUCGACGAGCUCAAUCGCGACCGAGGCAGCGACAAUAACAAGUUCAGCAUGGCCAUCUGCGACGUGACGAAUCCCGACAGCGUCGCCGCCAUGGCGCAACAGGUCCUCUCGCUGGGCGCCGUGCGCACGCUGGUCAACAACGCCGGAGCCACGCGCGUCGACUCGCUGCACGACAUGACGCCCGAGGCGUGGCGGCGCGAAACGGCGCUGAAUCUCGAUGCGGCGUUCCUGUGUUUCCAUGCGUUCGAGGACGCGCUGAAGGAAAGCAAGGGGUGCGUCGUCAACAUCGCCUCCGUGAACGGUCUGUCCGUGUUCGGGAACCCGGCCUACAGCGCUGCGAAAGCAGGCCUCAUCCACCUCACGCACUUGAUCGCCGUUGAAUAUGGCCAGUACGGCAUCCGCGCGAAUGCUGUCGCCCCCGGCACGGUUCGCACACCGGUGUGGGAGCGCCGCGUGCGCGAAAACCCGCGCAUCUUCGAGAACACAAUGGAGUGGUAUCCGCUGAAACGCGCCAUCGAGCCCGAGGAUGUGGCCAACGCGGUGGCUUUCCUGGCCAGUCCGCAGGCGGCGGCCAUAACAGGCAUAAGACUGAAUGAGUAUAAGUUUGUAAAUCUCACUCUAACUGAUAUCAAGUUCAUUGAUGAGGAUGGGCGUCAAGUGGUUACAGUUAUGUAUCAAUUUGCCCAGUUCGAUAUUCUUAAACUAAAAGCAGAAAGGUUCACGAGAAAGUACUAA